UUUGGGUUUAUGGGAACAGCUUUGAGUCGUUUCUUGUUGCUGUGGUGGUCCCUGACAGAAAGGCAUUGGAGGAUUGGGCAGCGGAGCAUAAUUUGACCGAUGAUUUCAAAUCAUUAUGUCAAAACCUGAAGGCAAGAAAGUACAUUUUGGAUGAGCUCAAUUAGUGUUGGUCAGAAGCAGCAAGUACGUAAAUAAUUGUCUCAACUCCCUGUUUAAUGCUUUGUUAAUGUCUACUUAAUGCUUUGUUAAGUUCACUUGGAACCAAAUCCCUUUGACAUGGAGAGGGAUCUCAUAACUCCAACAUUCAAACAGAAGAGACCACAGCUACUUAAACAUUACAAGGUAGGCCUCCUGCUCUCUCUUUCUAGUAUUUUCUUAUAGCUCCUCACUGUAACUCUGUGCUUUCCUUUUUCAAGCACCUGGUAAGUCUUCAGUUUGCCACUCACUAAAUACCCUGCCUCCACCUGAUCAAUAUCCCACGACCGAUGACACCUAAAAGUAUGUACUUUAUAAGGGUCAACAUAGUAACCAAACACAGCCCCAUACGGCUAUACCCUUGAAUUAUUUCUUAAAUAGCAAGAAUCUCUCUCUCUCUCUCUCUCUCUCUCUCUCUCUCUCUCUCUCUCUCUCUCUCUCUCUCUCUCUCUCUCUCUCUUAAAUAGUAAAAGCUGAAGUUUGUCAAGUGUGUUAAUUUUAUAUUUGUCGGAAUAUCAUCUGCAGGACCGCAUUGAUAAACUGUACAGUGAAGCAAAGGAAGCAAGGGCAUGACAGCAAUAUCAAAAGCCGGAAGCUACCGGAUAAGACCUUUUUACCACAAUUCCCCAAAGAUGUGAUUGCUGAUAGCAGGCAGGUGCUACCCACAAAGACACUGGAUUUGGAUCCCUGUGAGUCCGUCUAAGUUAGUUUGUGUAUAAAAUAAAGAUAAUAUGAAAGUUCUGGUUUGAAAAACCAUAUAUAUAUAUAUAUUGCCCCAAUUUCAGUUAUUUGUGCUUGCAAAUACACACAGAAAUGCUAUAUUCAUUCACUCUUUCAGUAUAAAUGUCAGAUACAUGACAAGAAAUGCUUGCUUACCAAACCAUGUGUAUGGAAGUUAAAGACGAUAAAGAAUUAAUGGCUACUUCUGAUCUCUCAAGUACCAAUUGCAUCUACAUUGCUAUAGCCCCAAAACCAAUGAUAACUGAUUCUCAAUAGAUCUUGGUUUAUGCAAUGUAAAAUAAUCAAUGACAACCAACAAUUAGGAGCCUAUUCCUCUUCUUCUUUCACCCGUUCAUGGACAUAUGAUGUCUUCCCAAGCUUUAGUGAUGAGGAUACCCGUCCAAUUUCGAAGACGAUUUCUAACACAUCACAGAAACACGAACAGAUGAACGUCUAGAUCCAAGAACAUAUUCCGGAAUACGAUUGAAAGAGAGAAAAUCCAUCAAUCUCAAAGACCAUUUGUGACGCAGUACAACAAUUUGGUUUAGAAUGAAAUUAAAGCAUAGAUAACGAGUUAAUAAAUUCCUUGAUCAAGCUCCUCUGUUAUUUCACUACAUGAUACUGUCUUUGUUUGGUCAAAAGCACUUACUCACUGUUCAUCAGAAAAGAAAAUUUAUUAUGUAGGAUGAACCUGUGUCGUUUUGGACAUUUCCACUACCCAGCAAGUCAACUUGUUCUUUUGUUUCUUUCUUCCCAUCAUUGUCUUCCCUUCUUUGACUUCGCAGUGUUCUCACUAAAGAGGUUGAAGCUCGCAGCAAAUUUCCUCGCUUCCCUCGCUCAAAAAACACACCAAACUAAUCAAUUAUUGCUCCCAUAAUUCGACUGAAAAGACGUUUGAAGUUCCAACGUAAGCACACUGUCCUUUCCCUUUUUUUCUUGGAUUCUUUAUUCCUUUCUUCGCAGUGUUCUUCUCACUAAGGAGGUUGAAGUUUCAGCAAACUUUCUCGCAGCUUCCCUCGCUCAUAAGAUGCUUUUCUUCCUAAAAGAAAAGAAAACCAGAGGCGAUGCCCUUCCCAGCUCUUUGAUCAGCCUGUUUACUUCUCCGGCACGCAUUCAAACGACAGUCAUUCAAUGACAUACGACGUCUUCCUGAGUUUCAGAGGCGAGGACACGCGAUUCAACUUUACUGAUCAUCUGUACAGUAAUUUGACUCGGAAGGGAAUUAGAACCUUCAUAGAUGAUGGUCUUAAGAGAGGGGAAGAAAUAUCACGGGCCCUUCUCAGAGCGAUCGAAGAGUCGAAGACUUCCAUCAUCGUGUUCUCCGAAAACUACGCAUCUUCGAAGUGGUGCUUGGAUGAACUCGUCAAGAUCCUUGAGAGUAAAGAAACAAGGGAGCAAAUGGUUUGGCCUGUUUUUUACAAGGUGAAUCCGUCGGAUGUACGGCAUCAAAGGGGCAGUUUUGGUCAGGCACUUGCUGACUAUGAAUGCGAAUUCAAAGAUGACAUGGAGAAGGUGCAAAGAUGGAGGAGAAGUCUUACGAAAGCAGCCAAUCUGUCCGGAUGGUGUUUCAUCAACGGGCAUGAAUCAAAAUUUAUUGACAACAUCGUUGAAGCGAUUUCAUUACAAGUAUUAAACCAUGCGUAUUUGAAUGUAGCAAAGUACCCAGUUGGAAUAGAGUCUCGUGUGCGCGAGAUAGAUAAGCUUUUGGGCGUUGGAGGAAACGAUGUUCGCAUGGUAGGGAUAUGGGGCACUGGUGGAAUAGGUAAGACCACAAUUGCUAAAGCUGUUUAUAAUUCCAUCGCCCAUAUGUUUGAAGGUAGCUGUUUUCUAGAUGAUGUUCGAGAAAGAUCAAUGCCGUAUGGAGGCUUAGGCAAACUACAAAGUAUUCUUCUUUCUGAGAUUCUAGGGGUGAAAGAAGUAGAGGUGACCAAUGUUGACAAAGGAAUCAAUAUGAUAAAGAAGAUGUUGAAUGGUAAGAAGCUUCUCUUAGUUCUUGACGAUGUGAAUCAUUUGGACCAAUUAAACAAAUUAGUUGGAGGGUCUGAUUGGUUUGGUUCAGGCAGCAGAAUUGUUCUAACGACAAGAGACAAGCAUUUGCUAAUUGCUCAUCAAGUCAAUCUAAUAUAUGAGGUUGAGAAGUUAAAUCAUUAUGAGUCCUUAAAGCUCUUCACCAGUUGGAAUUCAUUUUCAAGAAAUGGACACUUAAAAGAUGAUUAUGCGAAACUUGCAAACAAUGUAGUAGACUAUGCUGACGGUCUUCCAUUAGCUCUGAUGGUUUUGGGUUCACAUCUAUGUGGUAGAAGUAUUGAUCAAUGGAAAUAUGCAUUAGAUGGUUACAGAAGAGUUCCUAACCGAGAGAUUCAAGAAAUUCUCAAAAUAAGUUAUAAUGCACUAGAAGACGCGGUGAAGGAAGUUUUCCUUGAUAUUGCAUUUUUCUAUAAAGGUCUAGGCGAGGAUUAUGUGAUACAAAUGCUAGAAGGUUGUGACAUGAACCCUAAGUAUGAUCUUGAAGUACUCGUGGAAAAGGCUCUUAUAAAUAUUAUGGAAGAUGGCUGCAUUUGGAUGCAUGACUUGAUACAAGAAAUGGGUAAAGAAGUAGUUCGCCAAGAGUCACCAACUGAGCCCGGAAAACGUAGUAGGUUGUGGUUUCACGAGGAUGUUUACCAUGUUUUAACAGAAAACACAGGAACGGAUAAGAUCAAAGGUAUUAUGGUGAAGUUGCCUGCUGGGCUUGAGUCAGAUGAGGUAUGUUUGAAUGCUGAAAGCUUCUCAAAGAUGAAAAAUCUUCGACUUUUUAUAAAUCAUAAUGCGCGCUUGUCUGGAGAAGUUGAUUGUCUUCCCAAUGAGUUGAGGCUCCUUAUCUGGCCUGAAUAUCCGUCACAAUCUUUGCCAGCCAAUUUUAAUCCAAAGAAACUUGUUGGUCUUGCUUUGCCUCGCAGCUGCAUUUUACGACUGGAUUUGGAAUUCAAGAGUUUGAAAUUUAUAAAUGUGGAGCACAGCAAAUUCCUAAGAAAAACCCCUGACUUCUCUGGAGUCCCAAACUUGGAGAAGUUGAAUCUAAACUUUUGUACAAGUUUAGUUGAGCUUCAUCCUUCUGCUGGAUUCCUUCAUAAGCUUGUUAACUUGAGUCUUACGGGAUGCCGUAGUCUUACUCUGUUUCCAAGAAUUGUCAACUUGAAAUCUCUGCUGGAGUUGAAUCUUGACGGUUGCAUAAGUCUUGAGAAUUUUCCUGAAAUUAAGGGGAAGAUGGAAUAUUUGAAACACCUGGAUCUAUCAGAGACUUCCAUCAAAGAAUUGCCUUCAUCGUCAAUUCGACAUUUCACUCGUCUCGAGAAUCUGUAUUUAACCAGAUGUGAAAACCUUACAAAUCUGCCAUGCAGCAUUUAUGAGUUGAAGCACCUAAAGACAAUUUCUGUCCUUAAAUGCUCAAAAUUGUUUUCAUUUCCUAAAAUGGCGAAGUCUGAAGAUUCAAGGAGUGCAGAAUCACUUGUGACUCUUCAAGGAGGCAAUUUAGCGUUUCCCAACCUAUCUAAAUUCUAUGGAUCCAAUCUUUCAGACAUUGCCGAUUUCCUUCUGACUCUUGAUUGCAUGACCACAUUAACUAGACUUGAUCUAUCAGGAAGCAAUUUUGUUAGUCUUCCCGUAUGCAUUAAUAACUUUGUCAACUUGAUUGAUCUUCGGUUGGUUAGUUGCAAGAGACUUAGAGAAAUUCCAGAUCUUCCACAAGCAUUGCAACUUUUGGAUGUGAGUGAUUGCUUAUCAUUGGAAAGAGUUUCAAAAUUGUCCAACCUUUUGGAACGUAAAGAGUCUCAAAUGUUCUUGGGAAUGAGAUUGGCUAACUGUUGGAGACUGCGUAACAAUCUAGUUCGAAUUGCAAAGAAGAAAAAUAUGUUCAUAAAUCAAGUCAAUCUCUUCUCUCUCUUUCUCUCAUCUCUCCCAACUUUUGUCCAGGUUGAAUUUCCAGGAAGGGGAAUUCCAAAGUGGUUCAGUUAUCGUAAGGAUUUGAAGGAUCUUUGCGAAUGUCAAUUCUCUAUUAAAAUCCCUCAAAAUUUCAAUUGGGAGAACAAAGGAAUUUCUUUUUGUGCUUUUCUCGAAAAGACCAAAAAUAGGUUAAAUUUUUAUGCUCAACUCAGCAUCAGGGACUUUGCUGUUGAUAUGUAUGUGAAGGAAGUAUGCCCUGAUAAUAUUCAAUCAACAGGGAAAGACCUGAGUUUAGUGUGGCUGUCAUAUGUCCCUUUCCAUGAUAUGAUGUCGACAAUGGCACGCACGGAAAGAAAUGUGAAAAGAACAAGGGUGAUGCCGCCUUAUUUGCCUACAAUCCGAGUUCAUUUUGUGCGUAUUAGCAAAGCUGUGAAAAGCUGCGGAGUCCACCUAGUAAUGCCACCAGGAUGAAGACCUCAGUAUAGAGGCAUGGGUAUGUCCAGGAAGAUACCAAUCGAUCAAUCCUCCAAAGGGAAAGGACAGUAGCAUUCAAAUGUGAUUGGGAUGAUAAGGAUUUGCAUCCUUCUUACAAGCUGUCAAUCUCAAGCCCGUGGGUAGAAUUCAGUGAUCUAUAUUUGUGAUUGUUGUGUUAAUUCCACAUGAUUAGUUUCUUAAGACUUCAAUUGAGUUUUGAGUGGUGGAUGUUGGAAUGGUUGAGUCUUGCUGUAUGCAAGAUAAGAUAAGAGGAGAGGAGACUGGUUUGCACCCUUUUGUUUCAGAGUAGAUGAUGUCCACUUGGAUAUACCGUAUAAAGUUAUACUUCCAGAGCACUAUUGUUUACAGCUUAGCAAUUGUGCCACAUGGAACUCCGAGUUUGUGAUCCCUUAGUGUUCUGGUGCUGCUAUUCCUGGUGGCUUACAUGGUCUUGCUUUUCUCUUCGUGCAGCUGCUCCAAUGGUUUCCUGGCUGUCUUUACUUUUUGCUGUUUGGUUUUGUAAAUGAUUUGUUACUGGUGUGGUGAUUCUACUGUCCUUCCUUCAGUUUGGGGUUGCUAGUAUUGCAGUCCCUAUGGGUUGGUCUCCCCUUGGUGCGCCACUGUUUUUGGCUAGUUGCUCUUCACAGUUCCUGUCUUUCGACCUGCUUUUAUGGUUAGUGCUGCCUUGCUGUAUUAUUAAAGUGUGUUGCUGGCCGUAGACUUUGUUCUUCCUGCAGCUGCGUUGUGUCUUUUUACAGCAGAACAGAUUGCUGUUUGGCUCAGCCUUAUUUUCUCCUUGGUGUUGCUGCAUUAGUUCUCCUAUUUGUUGUUGGUUAGGGCUUUGCAUGUUGCCUCAUGUUGGGGAGAGAAAGAAGGAAAUUAAUGAAGCUGUUGUUCCAGAAGAAAUUGAAAGCUCGUCCUUCAUUCGAUGUAGAUACUAAUGGACUUAAAGAAAGGCGGUGCAGUCAUCAACCCCAACAAUGCUGUCCAAGUUCAAGAGUUGUUUUCGCAACUACUGCUGUUGGUAUUACUUGCUGUUGUUGCAUGUGUUGUGCGUUAUAUGCGUUACGGGGUUAAUAAUUUACUUUAAUUUGAGUGUCACAUUUUUGUUGUGAAGGCAUGUAGACUGAAAACUAGAAUGUUUGUUUGGAUCCUGAGUAAAUGGACAAAAACUUUCCCGGAAAAUUUGGCAUAUUUAUAUUGGA